AUGGGCGAGAAGCCAAGUGAUUUCCAGUUCUACUGUGGCACGGCUGCCGAACAACCCGGAAGAACUACGGACGGAUCGGGAAACCAACGCACAACGAACCCAAGCUCUCAGGUAGGAGAGGCCUUGAUCGCUAGCCAACUUUUUUAUAGAGGUACGGAGUUGAUGUGA